AACGCCAGCCUGAUUUAGAGCAGUGUGAAUAAAGCUCAAGAAGAUGGCGGAAUAAUACUGGAGGAAAACCGACUGCAUUUAAAGCAUUAAAUGAUAAUAUUUUGGCACAUAUUUAAAAUAAUUUUCUACAUUUGCGAGAUAUAAAGCAGUAACAUUUUACAAAGAAGAAGCAUCCUACGUCCGCAAUGGCUCUACGGCGAGACUCCCUGGUAACCAGGCAGCUGCUGCGGUUGGUUCUGUUACACACGGCCUGGGAGGUGGGCAGCGGCCAGGUCCGUUAUUCCGUGCCGGAGGAAUCCAAACACGGCACCUUUGUGGGCCGCCUGGCCCAGGACCUGGGGGUCGAGGUGGCGGAGCUGGUGUCUCGGAUGUUCCGGAUGGUCUCCAACGGCAGGAGAGACUAUUUCGAGGUAAAUUUGCAGAACGGCGUUUUGUUUGUUAAUUCGCGAAUAGACAGGGAAGAGCUGUGCGGCCAGAGCCCCCUGUGCGCCAUUGACCUGGAGGUGAUAGUGGACAAACCCCUGAGGAUAUUUCACGUGGAAGUGGAGAUACAGGAUAUAAACGACAAUGCUCCUGUUUUUUCGGUAAAUGAAGAUAAUUUCAUUAUUGCAGAAUCCAGACUCUCAGACUCGAGUUUCCCACUAGAGGGCGCAUCUGACGCAGAUAUUGGUACAAACUCUCUGCUAACCUAUAAACUCAGCCCAAGUGAACAUUUCACUCUAGAUGUGCAAAGAAAAAAUGAUCAAAGUAAAUCUUUAGUGCUUGUUUUAAAGAAAGCUCUGGACAGAGAGGAAACCCCUGAGCAUCGUUUAUUACUCACGGCCACUGAUGGGGGCAAACCGGAGCUGACGGGUUCAGUUCAGCUGGUGAUCACUGUGCUGGAUGCCAAUGAUAACGCCCCUGUAUUUGAUAAGACAGUUUAUGAGGUGAGUUUAUAUGAAAAUGCUGCCAAUGGGACAUUAGCUAUCAAACUCAACGCCACAGAUUUAGAUGAGGGAAUCAAUAAAGACGUUUUCUAUUCAUUUAAUAACCGCAUGUCUACCAAAAUAAAAGACAUUUUUAGCCUAGAUAUUAACACUGGCGAAAUAAGAGUGAAAGGAAAUAUGGAUUUUGAAUCUCAGAACAUAUAUGAAAUUCAAGUGGAAGCUAUUGAUAAAGGACACGCACCGUUGGUGGGACACAGCAAAGUUUUGGUGGAAGUGUUAGACGUGAACGAUAACAUCCCUAAGCUGGCCGUGACUUCCCUUUCUCUGCCGGUUCCGGAGGACGCUGCCCCGGGGACAGUGCUGGCUCUUAUUAGCGUCUCUGACCGGGACUCCGGAGUCAACGGCAAAGUCACCUGCUCCAUCCCCCCGAACCUGCCCUUUCGGCUCGUCUCCACCUUUAAGAAUUAUCACUCGCUGGUGCUGGCGGAGGCCGUGGAUCGGGAGCGAGUGUCUGAAUAUAAGAUCCUGGUGACAGCCAGAGACGAAGGGGCCCCGUCUCUCUCGGCCAGUAGCAGCAUUUUGGUGCCGAUCGCGGAUGUGAACGAUAACGCCCCUGCUUUCCCUCAGCCCGUUUACACGGUGUUUGUGAAGGAAAACAACCCGCCCGGGGCCCAUCUUUUCACCGUGUCGGCCUCGGACCCGGACCUGAGGGAAAACGCCUUUGUGAGCUACUCGGUGUCGCUUAAUAUUUUCCCAAGCUUAAAUAUUCAGAGUGAAAUUUACCAUGGUGAAUAUCUGCAUCACAUGAUUUUUUCUUUUUUCAAAAAUUUCAGCCAAAAGUUUUUAUCUGUUUCUGACAAUGAGCUUGGUGAUACCGGAAGUGGUGUACUCUACAGUGCCUUAGCCAUAAUCCUUACAUGUGAACUUAGUAAAUAA